UAUUAAUGGUAUUUUCUUCCAUUGAAAAAACCCACCUAAAGUUACGAAUCUAUUCUAAUUUCAUUAUUUCGAGGUCCAAAUGCAUGAGGCUUUGAGAGACUAGGAGAAGGAAAAAAAAAAAAAACAACUGGGAUUUGGUCUUUUUUAUUGAUUUGUAUGUUGAUGGGGGGUCAUUUCAUAGAGGAAUGUUGUUGUGCUGGGAAAAAAACGAUUUUUUUAAAGCUUCAUUUGAGGAAAUUUAACUGUUAUAUAUAGAUGCUAUGAGAGAUUGAGAGGAGGGAAAAAAGAAAAGAGAAAAAAAAAAAUCCGACUGAGUUCGGGUCUUUAUGAUUUGUUUUUAUGCUAAUUGGGUCUUUGGGCCUUUUGAGUAGUUUUUUAUUUUUUAAUAAUCUGGUUUUCUUUAUUAGAGUUUUGGAUUCUUAGUUGCUUGGUAGAGGUGGAGUGUUUGUUUGAGUUUUUGCUUUGAAUUUAUUAUUUAUUAUUUGGUUUUUUUAAUACAGAAUGAUUUUUUCAUGAGAGGUUGAUUUUGGAACUGUUGGGUAAUUGAUUUUUGGGUUUUGGUGGGGUUUGUCAUGGAUUUGAUUUGGGGGUGGAUGAUUUGUAAAGAAUUAGUAUUUCUUGGUUUUACAUCUGUUUUUAAUGUCACCCUUUGUUUGGGGAAUUUGAUUUAAUCAUAUUCUUUUAGAAAUUUUGUUCUGAAUUUCAUGAUUUGGGACCCAUUCGUUUGGAUAGUUUCAACGAAAUCCAUAAAUUACAUUUAUCAACUUUUUACUAGAUUUCCAUAUUCAUUGAUUCCCUCGGAAUUGGAUAAUGCAAAUUCCCCAUUUUCCUGCUUUGAUAUUUGAAGAUAUUGAAAAUAAACCGACAAGUUCAUUAGGCACUAGAGUAUUGACCAUGAAUUGGGUAGCAGGAUCUUCGAAAAAUUCUUGGCAGCCAGUCAUGACUGCCGAUACGACCAACUCACAUUAUUGGUUGAACUGGAGAGCGGGGAUCUGUGCAACCUGGAUACUGUCGUCGGUGAUUGCAGCAUCGGUCUUGAUAUGGAAAUAUGAAGGUUCCAAUGCCGCAAGGCACGGCAGAGGCGAAACCCAACAAGAACGGGUGGGUUUCUUAUGCGACGAGGAGUCUUGGAGGCCUUGCCUGAAAGAAAUCCAUCCUGGUUGGCUGCUUGCUUUCCGCAUCGUCGCGUUUUUCGUGCUCUUGCCGUUGCUGAUAGCCAACACUUUUGUUGAUGGAGGUGGCAUAUUUUACUUCUACACUCAAUGGACAUUUACGUUGGUUAUUAUUUAUUUUGGGCUCGGAACCUCUCUCUCCAUUUAUGGAUGCUAUCAAUAUCUUAAUAAAGUUGCUGGCGAUGGGGUUGAGCAUAUGAGGCCAGAUGCAGAACGAGGAAUGUAUGUGGGACCUGCACAUGGGGUAGAUGCAAAUAGGCACCGGAUGAUGAAAAACUCGGCCACCCGUGAAGAACACUGCAUUUGUCAAAUUGCGGGGAUUUGGGGAUAUGCUUUUCAAAUUAUUUAUCAGACGUGUGCAGGUGCUGUGGUGCUCACCGAUUCUGUCUUCUGGCUAAUCAUGUUUCCAUUUCUUGAAUUCAAAGAUUAUAAAUUGAAUUUUCUAUUGAUUGUUAUGCAUUCAAUGAAUGCUUUCUUUCUCUUUGGUGAUGCAGCAUUGAAUUGCUUGCGGUUCCCAUGGUUCCGGAUCUCCUACUUUGUCUUGUGGACAUCUCUAUAUGUCAUUUUCCAAUGGAUCAUCCACGCUUGUGUCUCGCUUUGGUGGCCAUACCCAUUUCUGGACUUGUCAUUGCCUUACGCUCCAAUAUGGUACUUAGUGGUGGCAUUGUUGCAUUUACCAUGCUAUGCCAUCUUUGCCCUGCUGAUAAAGAUGAAACACCAUUUCCUUUCAAGACGGUUUCCUCAAUCAUUUCAGUGUUUGAGGUAGACAUGGAUACAGUUCUGCUUCAGAAUCCAUAACAGAACCAUUCAAUGCUUUGGCCACCGCAUGUGAUUUUAUUUAUUUUUUUAUAACUUUACAAAAACCCAACAUUCAAAUGAAGUCCCAUCACUGAAAGGCCGAAGGAAAAAAAAAAAACAGGCUGACUGUUUCUGAUUCAGUAAUGAAAUGCAGGUGAAGAAAUACAUAGUUCAAGGAGAUAGGAUUACAUGACAUUGUAGAAAUUUUGCUUUUUUAAAUGAUAAUAACAAAAAAAGAAAAGAAGAACCCAGGAUUAUUUUGUUAUUUUGUUUAUUAUUUGGAGGGAUUGGAAAUAUUAAAUACGUGUGAUACUGAAUAAUGGCUUACUUGCCUCAUUAUAUUGGAUAUACCAGUUUUCAGUUC